AUGGAGACAGCUGGUGGUGCGGUAGCAGCAGUAUCAUCAAUUGUUGCAGCCAACCGAACAGCCACAUCAGCGUCGCCAUCAUCCGCAUCAUCACCAGCCUCAAAUCCAGUUAUCAUCAAUGGUAAUCUGAGCCACAGCAACAAUGGUGCGGCGGGUCACCACCAUGACCAUCAUCAUCCGCAGCAACAGCCGCAUCAGCAACAACAACAACAUUACCCGCAGCACCACAGUAGUUUAAUACACAGCAAUAUCAUUAGCUCGGCAAGCAAUAGUAGCAACAGUAGCCUAAGUAGUAGCAGCAGCCUAAUUAUUGGUCAUGGCAGUGGUGGAGCUAAUGGAGGAGCCGGCAGCAGCAGCACCAACAGUAGCGGCGGUAGCAGUAACAGUAGCACCAGCAGCAAUAGCAGUGGUUAUGGUAGUACCUCGGCAACACCCACCAACAGUUAUGAAACACAUAGCACUUCGACAACACCGGUGGCCAUUGCCGAACCCAUAAUACCCGUUGCAACAACAGUGGCCACAGUCUCACCAUUCUACAGUGAAGCUAUAACCAAUCAGGCUCAUGAAACGCAAAAUUAUUCCACCCAACAACACCUGCAAUCGCAAUAUCCCCUGCAUUCGACGGCCUCUCAACAUCUGCAGCAACAACAUUCCCAAACGAAUUUGAAUUUAUCGCAGCAACAACAACACCCGGUGCCGCAACAGCAGUCGCUUCAUCCUCAGUUGCCACAACAUACCCAAAGAUCCCAGCCAUAUUUGUCGUCCUUCGCCUCCUCUUCGUAUUCUUCGUAUGAUUAUAGUCAGCAGCAAUACAAUCAACAGGAAGCCACUCCUUUGCCGCAUCAGCAACAGCUCUCUCAUGGUCCUGCCUCAUCGGCUUAUGGUCUAGGUUCGGCGGGUAAUUUCGAUACCAAUUCAUCGCAUUCCAAUCUCCAGGUAAAUAAUCUCACACCCUAUCAACAGUCUAUGGGUCAUAGUUAUAAGUCUAGUGGAUCCUCAGCCAUCUCCUAUGAACGUCAGCGUUCUCUAAGCGGUCAUCAAGCCUAUCAAAAUGAAUCCGCGGCAAAACACAAUCAGCAAUUUGGCCAAGCUUCGGCAGCAUCAGCAUCCUCUGGUUCCCUAUCUACUGCUGCCACAAUUCCCUGUUCCUCCUCGUCAUCCUCGCCGGCAUCAGGUGGUUCUUCGGCAUCACCCUCAUCCUCCUCCUCCGGCGCUGCUGCCUCAAAGUCCCGUUCAUCUAGCUCUCUUUUGGCCUCAAUGUCCACCUCCACAAGCAAUGCCACAUCAUCGGUGGCCACCACAAAGCCUCAAGCUGCUGCCACACCCUUCUAUGCCCAACCGCUGGCACAGUCACAACCUGCCGCCAGCUAUUAUGCUGAUCUACAAAAACACAAAAUGCCUUUGGAAUAUCAUCAUCAUGAUCAGUUCGGUGCCGGGGCCGCCGGGGGCUUUUCCAAUGCCUCGGUCUAUCAUCAGCAACAGAAAUAUUAUGCCGCCGCAAAGUCGCAACUAAAGGAGGCAUCCAGUUACGGACCCACUGCGGCUAAAUCUCUUUAUGCAAGUGGUAGCUACUACCCAGGGCAACAUGCUGCGGCAUCAUCCAUACUACCACCAAAUCCCGGCUAUAUGUAUCCCUCAACAGCCUAUCCAACGGCGCCCUUGGGUUAUGAAUCCUCAUCACUGGAGGCAGUUUAUCGCAAGAAUAGCAGCGGUGCAACAGGACAGCUCAACUCAUCAGCUUGGCCUUGGGCUAUGGAUUAUGCAGCGGCGGGAGGAAGCAGUAGACCAGUUGCUGGUAGUGGAGCUGCAGGAGGAGGAGCAUCCUCCGCUGCGGGACAUUUACCCACCGCCACUGUGGCACCCACCCAUGCAAGUUAUUCGAGUCACCAUCGAGACCCCUACUACUUGCCCGCUGAUAAAUAUGCAAUGAAAUAUCCUGCCGCAGCACCCCCACCACCUUAUCAACAAAAUGCCUAUGUGAGUCCGCCAUCCGCCAGGCAUCAUCCUCAUCAUUUGUGGCCUUCUGCUGGCAGUCAUAGUUCGUUAAAUGAUCGACUAAGCGGAGCUCCAAAUCACAUUCCUCAUGCCACCAUGCAUGCCGGCGUAAAUCCCUACUAUGCCGCCUCGACUACCCCGACUGGCAUGUCGGCACGCCAGCCAUGUUGUCCUCAGCCUCCUUAUGCGGCACAAAAUUGUUAUUAUCCCCCCGGUGCUGCAGCCUCAGGACGUAUAACUCAUGGUCAACCGCCCAUGGCAGCAAUGGGUCAAGCCGCCUCAGCUUAUCAUGGUUCUCCACAAGGCCUUGCAAGCCAACAAGGCGGACAUCUGGUCAAUCAACCCGCUCUCUCUAAAUAUUCGACAAAUGCCAUGGAUUAUCCCGCUGUAAAUAAACUGAAACCUCCCGCCAAUGAUCUCUAUUUGGGCGCCCACUAUGAUGCCACAACUGCCAAUGUGCCUCCGAGUCACCUGAGUCAUCAUCACCGGCAUCCCGCUAGUUAUCAGUAUGCUGCCGCAGGUGCUGGCUCCGCCUUGUCUGGUAAUCAAGCCUUGUACACGGCCUCAAAUCAAAUGGCUCACCACCCGACCGCCACUGCUCAUCAUCCGCCUGCUCCGCCGCAUCCUGCAAGUCAUGGCCAACAACCGGCAGGUCCGUUAAUUGCUCAUGAUCCCACCGGAUCAGGUUAUACCAAUGAUCUCACAUACGAUAGUUACCUGCAUGAAACGAUCUCGACGACGUCCAAUCUAAAUGCCAACCCUGCAAGCAACGUGGGUAGCGGUGGACCCGCUGCCGAAAUGGCAGCCACAAAUUAUGCUGUAUCGGCGGCCAAGCGUGCCUUAUUGGAUUAUCGUAAACCUCAGACACAGAAUUACUACCAUCAAACGGCGUCAUCAGGGAGAAGUGAAAUUCUGGGCACAGGUUAUGCGGAAUCAUCGCAACAUUCGGGAGGAGAUUUACUUCUGAGUUCGCAUGACACAACCAGCCACAAUCACUUUACGAAUUAUGAAAAUAAUACCCAUUAUGCUAUCAACUCCAAUGAAUCGGGGAAUAUGUUGAGUACCUCAGAGAACGCUGGAAAAUCCUCAGCAGAUGAUUCGACCAAAAAUUUAAGUCUACGCGAUUUCAUUGCCAAUUGGAAUGAUGAUGAGGAGGAUUAUACGACCGGCAAUGACGAAUUAAUGGCAUUUGAUCAGCAGCAGCAAACUGGGGCGGGAGUGAUCAAUGAAGUUCUGCAAAAUGUCCAGGUUGAAAAUACCACCAAUUUCCCUGCCGAGGAGCAAAAAUCUCAGAAAGUGCCGCAGGAACCUCAAGCGGGAAGCACUAGUUUAGGUGAGGAUAUAGAUGCCCAAAAUUAUACCAAUUUACCAGAUAUCAUAGUGGAUAUUGAAAAGUCAGGUAGUUUUGGCAGUAGCACAGUGGCGCCCAACGUAAAUGAAACUUCCGCCGCCACUUCCUUAACUUUGGAUAAUUUCGAUGUGGAAAAGGAAUUGGAUCAGCUACAACAAUUGCAGCGUAAACCUGGCGAAUUGGAUACGGUGAUUGUGAAGCCACCACUCCCCGCAAAUAACUGCACCACCCCGGCUGCAGAACCCAGCAAAAAAGACUCGGUAGAGACGGAAAAUCCACCCUUGUCCUUUGAAGAUUUAAAUUUCGAAACUUCGAAAACAAACUCGACCAUCCCGCCACCAACACGUCCCACUGCCUCAGCGCAAAAUGAUGCCGAAGGUUAUGACAGUAGCUGCAGUCGGCACUCCAACGAAUCUUCGCUGUUCGAAAAGGAAUACCAGACCUUUAUCAAUAAAAUCUCCAGCAGUGAAACUCAAACCAAGGCCGAUAAGGAUAUUGAACAGAAGGUACAAGAUUUUUCGAAAUUCUAUAAACGUAAACGAAAACUGCGUGAUGAAACUUCGGUCAACAAAAAUAAUGAAGAACUACCCGCAAAGGAGAACAAAAAAUCCCGUUGCAGCAAUGAAGAGGAUAGUUCAGGCAAGGAGUCAAAUUUUCCACAGGCCUACACGAAAAAGUCACGCAAUAGAACCCUUAGUCAUUCCUCAACGAAUAAGUCCGCGACGAAGCGUCGCAGGAAACCUUCCUCGUUUUAUUACAAAGCCAUGCAAAAUAUCCGCCGUUAUCCUCAACAUCGCAGUCAAAUGGUCAAGGAUUAUAUGGCCGAUUUGAAGGAGAAACAUUUACCUCUCAUUAAAAGGCAGUCGAUAAAAAAUUACUCUAUGCAGGCAAGUCCAGAACAUUGUGCGGAAGUGGGUCCACUGCCAUUGAAGACUUUGGUGCUGGGUGUCAUCAAUUCGGAAGAUUUCCGAGAACGGUUUGUCAUCAAUAGCGAGGAUGUAGAGGAGGAAUCUGCAGCGGAGGAGAAACAUAUCUGUACAGAUCCCACCUGUGAAACGUGUGAGGUCAUACGUAGCCUCAUGGAAUCGGAGGUGGCUGAAGCUGAUGAGGGUGAAAAGAGGGCAGAGACCUCACCCAGUUUUCCCAACGAUAUUGUCCAUUUAUCCGAUGAGGAAAUAAAUGAAUUGGCCAAAUCGGAAAAAAUAAUUGUCGCCAAGGAGGUGGAGGAUUUGGCAGAGGGCAAGGUUCUCUUAAUUCCUGAGAUUCCGCAAAAAGUUGCCGAUGAUAUUACAGAGCAAAAUUCCAUUGAAGAACCCAUGAUUUCUGAGGAUAACUUGGCAGCAGAAUUGUUGGCAAAUGAGUUGGCUCAAAAGGAAGUGCGGGAGAAUCUCAGUUCUUUAUCCGGUGGAGUAAUACGCAAAGCAGAAGUAGCUGUGGAUUUUUUCGAAAGCUGCAGUACCACAAAAGAACCUACAAUUCAAGGUGAGGCUUGGAGUGCAAAUUUUACAGGAAAUGAGGUGUUGAAUCUGUCGGAAUGUGGGGCAAAUCAACCACAUACCUCCAUUCAGGAGGAAGCAGUCCAGAACUUACAUUAUGAAACAUCGAAGGAGACCCUAAGCGAAUCUACAAAGGCCACAGGGGAAUCCUUUGGUAAAUUCUCUCAAUCAAAUGAGUUGUUGCAUCAGACGGGACACCUAACAGAACCUAUCAAGGCGACAGAGGAAACCUUCAAGGAAUUUUCUCAGUCAAAUGAGGUCUUUGAACUUACGGAACCUCCAACAGAAACGCCAGAGCCUUCCAAUGAAUCCUUUGACGAAUUUGGUAGAUUGAAUGAGAUGUUGAAUCCCCAAAUAGAAUCUACCAAGGCUCCUGAGGUAACCCCUAACGAUAUCCAUCACUCAAAUGAGGUGUUGGAUCUACACAAACCCCUAAUAGAAUCUACGAAAGCUCCAGAGGGAACGUUUAGCGAUAUCUUUGAAUCAAAUGCUUCGUUGCACCUCAAGGAACCCGUAAUCGAAUCUACUAAGGCUCCUAAUGAACCCCUAAGGGAAAUUGCAGCUCUGGACGAUGCUCAACUUUCCCUAAGCAGUUCAACAGCGAAGGAACUUCUAUCAGACAAAGAUUCCGUUGCAGAAGAUAUGCUGAACGCUACCAAAGAAGUUUUGCCCGAAUAUCGAAAUCCCGUUAUAAAAAUUAUCAACACUGGCUCAUCUGCAGGAGUAACUCCCUUAGAAGUCAACAUCACAAAUCAAAAUUCAGAACACCGUGAAGAUAUGGAUCUACAAAAAUCACCCAAACAAAUCGAUUCACCUCGAGCCACCAGCGUCAUUCGGAAAAUUGAAACUACACCCUCCGAUCAUGAUUUUGAGGUGAAGAAAAAAUGUUAUGAGGCCGUCGGAAGUCCUCAGGCUUUGCAGACAACUGUUAUACGUAAAGCCAAAAGUAAAGCACAACAACGCGGAGAGAACUCCAGUUCUCCGAAACCAGCAAGCCUAGAAAACUCUCUCCAGGAAAUGGGGAACUCCACCUCUCCAUCGGAUGUUCGAUCUCCUAAGGCAAAAGACAAGUCCACAUCCAAAAAUCCUCCCAUAAUUUUAAGGAUUAAAGCCCAAACCACAACGGUCAUUCGAAAACAUGUUACCAAUCCCAAGGGUUCCGAUAAUACGGAAUCGGCAAGCUCCUAUAUCAAUAAAACUUUUACCGUUUCCAAGGUGUCACCAAAGAGAUCGGAUAAUGAAUCAUCAUCAUCAAGUGAUUCCGAUUCAGAAUCAUCUUCAGGUUCCUCAUCAUCUUCUAGUUCAUCGGAUAGUUCCGAUGAUGAUGAAGGAGAACAUGGUGAAAGUUGUAGUUCAAGUGAUUCGGAUUCUAGUAGAGAUGCCGAACAUGAAAAUAAAACCCUGAAGACCCUUAGAAAAGUCGUGGAGAAAUGUGAAAAACGUUCACAAAUUCGGGAGACCAGCAAUGCGGUGGCCGCUGUGAGGCGAGGUGAAUGUAAAACCAAGGGUAUGUUGAAGGAGUUCGAUUUUACACCAAUAGAUCUCAAUGAAAGCUCAAGGGAUAGUGAAGAAAACGAGGGCGCAGAAGUGGGGGAAAGUUAUGUGCUGGAACACACGGAAGAACCUCAAAACAUAAGUAGUCCUACUUUAUUCCCUACUACUUCACGUGAUAGUCAGGAAAAAGAGGCGAACGUUGACGAACGUUCCAUUUCAGAAGUACCUGGAGAGAAACUUGUUUUAGAAAUUCCUGAAGUAAACCAAAAGGAAGUGAUUUCUCCCUCACCGGAAACACCAAAGAUUUUCCCUCCAAUAAGUCCAAGUUCAAGUGUGGAAAAAGACGCCGAUGCUAGUCAAAAUUUCACUUCAGAAAAUCCUGAAGUUGCCCAAGGAAACCCAAGUUCUCCCUCAACGGAAACACCAGCGAUUUUCUCCCCGACGAGCUCUCGCUCAGGUGUGGAUAAAGAAUCGGCAGGAAAAUCAAAAUCGCCAUUGGAGCAACGUCCUGAACAAGAAGUUCCUUCCACAAAUGAUAAUUUAGAAGUAUCUGAAACCUCUGCAGUUACAUCGGGGCUCCCGUCUCCAGUACCAAGUUUAGAGAGCAAAUCUUACCAAAGUCCUAACGAAGAAGCGAUUAUAAAUAAUGCACCUUACGAAAUCUACGGCCAUUUGUGUUCGAAGGCAUCCAAUCGGAAAUAUUCCAAGUCGAAAACCACACGCAAAAAUGAGGUUGUCCUGCGUGCAAUUUCUACACUUAUUACAGGACUAGAACAUGACACGUCAAGUGACUGCGAGUCAAUGAAUCAGAGCAUCGAACAGAGAGACAAAUAUCGGAGUUGUAAUGAAAAAACUUCGCCAAAAGAAUCCUGCAGUCCUAUGAACUUCAGCGAAGCCUCCAAUAACACUGGAGAUCUUACACCUCAAAAAUCUACUGAAUCCGCGGCACCUUCAGACUCCGACACCUCCUCCUCAUCAUCAUCGUCUUCUGAAGAAUCCGAAGAUGAAGAAACCCAAAACAAGAUGGAUAAUCCUGAACAAUCUCAACAUACCACACCUGAUAUACUAGAGAACCCUGCAAAUAUUGUAGAUAUCACCGGUGACUGUACAUCGGAAGCGGAAUCCGAUUCUGCCGAAGAAUUCGGAGAAAUAAUUUCCAAACCAGCUACUCCGGCUAAAUUGAAUGAUUUUUCAGAUAAUGAUUUGAGAUCUCCAGUCGCACAAGACAACAACGAACCGAACGAGCCCAUGUUUGGAUGUGCAUCUGAUGAUGAUUCGCAAUUCAAUUUAAUCGCCAAGACACCAGAAAUACCAACGGAAGCUAUGGAGGAAUCACUGAAGGCAUCAUUGGGUUUGCUUCCAGCUGAUGUCGAGAAAGAUGAAAGUCUUCGAAAUUCAGGUCCUGCUUUAGACAAUAUCGACACCGUGGUCAACGAAAACGUAACGAGUGCCGAAAAUGAUCUACCAUCUCGUCGAAAUUCUUGUGGCAACAUAGACACACUCUCUAAAUCCUUGCAGCACUCCAUGGUAAUCAAAAAUGUUGAAACUGAUUCCGGAAGUCCCAAUAAUUCCGAAUCAAAUUGCAUUGAUCACCAACAUAAAUCCAAUUCUGAAGAAAUCUAUGGAAAUACUUCUCCCAAAUAUCAAAGUGAAGCUGACAAUUCGAUGCUGAACUGUGCUAAAGCUUCUAGCAAUGAAGAAUGUAGUCCUCCUAAUAAAACAUUUAUACCUAUUAUAACGGAGACAUCGACGUCACAGAAUGAAGAAGCUACCGACUGUCAAAAUUUGGAUUAUGCAACGAACUCCGGAGGAACAAUUCAAGAGCCAGAGCCUUUCACUGCAACCGAAGAGUUACAUGAGGAAUCUUCGCAGAACUUUUCCGCAGAAAUAAUACCUACUGAAGAAAGUCGGAUCCCUGACAAUCACACCUCUGAAGUACCAUCAGGAACAUCAGACCAAACUCAGAGCCCUAAGCCACAAAUGGUGGAAUAUGAAGGGCAACCAGAAACAUCGGAGAAAGCUCAGAGUCCCAUGUCGCAAAUGGAGGAACAUGUAGAUAUUUGUGACGACUCAACGUCCAGCAGUGUUCAUUCAGAUCAUCGUCCCGACGCAAAAGAUUUAGAAUCAGCGGAGGAGAAUAAGAAAAUCGAAAAUGAAGACCAUAGUAUGGGGGAGAAACACCAUGAAUCAGAAGCGUUUAAAACAGUGGAAUCAUUUGUACCUUCCUCAAGCAAACCUCAGCCGGAAGAAAAUAUUCUCUUUCAAAUUGAACAUCCAGUCCAAAAUUCCAGCGAUCUAAAAGCUAUCUUACCACCAAAACAAAUGCAAGACGAAAAUCUUGAAUCAGAUCACGAAAGUGACACUUCAUCUCAAAGCUCCGAUUCAUCUUCAGAUGAAGAAGACAUCUCUUCAACAGUCCAAAAGCCACAAGAAAAGGUUAUCGUGGAUAAUGAAAGUGACACUUCGUCUCAGUGUUCCGACUCAUCACCAAUUCGUGAGGAUAUUUCGUCACCCAGAGGCGAGAUAGCAGAAAAUAUUGACUUGGAGAAAGUGGUUGAACCCCAAAAACAAUCUGCGAUGACGUCUUCAGAUCUCAAAACCACCGAAGAAUUUAAUAUUCUGCCCGAAAGUGAGGUUCUCGAUUUGUCAAAAGGUGCACCGGAGAAUAUCGACUGUUCGCCAAACGACGCGCAAAAUGAUACAAAUGAUUCCAAAGUCGAAAACCAAACAAAUGAAGUUGUACCAAAGUGUAAUGUGGAAGCCGAAACUGAGACCCAUAACCCCGAUACACCAUUCUCAGUUCAAGAUGAAAAUCCUGCGGAUUAUACAGCCUCCGGAUCUCCGUCUGAUACCGUGGAACCUGAAAUAGAAAAUAAAACUUGUGAAUCAUUCAUUACAGAGGAACCUUCCAUGGCGUCGUCAACAAAUUCCGAAGUUCUCGUUAGAGAACGUCAGUCCGCUAUAGAAAAUCAGGUAGCCAGUGAAAGGAGAGACAUUGAAAUAUCAAAUUCCAAAGAUCUGGACCUAGAAAUUACAUUCUCCAAACUCUCCCAGGAACCAAAUGAACUCAUGAAUAUGGAGACAAAUUCAGACGAUAUUCCUCAGGAGGUCGAAGAACCAAAUGUGUCCGAGGAAAGCGAAGUACAAAUCCCAGACGGACAUUUUUCUAAGAAAGAUGAAACUCAAAUUGAAGAUUCCGUGAAAGAAGUCUCAUCAAAUCAAGACGAAUGUAUAUGGACGGAAGUUUCAGAAAAAUCUCUAAACCAUGGCUCACCUAGUUCAAAUAUUGCGGAAUGCAAGUCGAUUAUCGAUGAAGCACAGUUGCAAAACGAAUACCUUACGGAGAACAUUCUUCAGUCCCCGUCUUUGCAAGACUCACCUCUCGUGGAUAUGACAAACGAAGAGUGUUGUACGGAAUUUGAGCGCGAAGAUUCCGAAGAAAUUCCUGUAUCUGAUAAAGAACUAAUGGAACAAAAACCCUCCCCAUGUUCUGCAACCGCUGAAACAGAAAUAAUCCCUAAGGAAAUGGAUGAAGAGAAUGCUACGGAUGUGACUAAUAAUUCGAUUGUGGAGUCUAUAGAAACAUCUCCCAUUCAAGAAGAGAUAUCGAAGGAAGCACUUCCCGUUCAAGAAGCUGAAGCAGUAUCAGAAGAAAUUCUUCCCAUCCUAGAAGAAGAAAGCCUGGAAACCGCUAAAGGUCCUACAGAUAUCACACUUGAAAAUAAAAACAUUGCGUACUCGAUUACCGACCCAAGUGACACAGAUUGUAACAUACAAAUCUGUGCAGAAUCACAAGUCUCUGUCGAAGGACCAAUUGACUCAGUAGUGAGUGAACAUCAUGAAUUUCUUCAAUCAGAUGUUAUCGAAAGUGCUGAGCUCCCUAAGUUUGCCGAGGAACCCAUUGCGACUGAAGUCAAUAACAUUUCUGAACCCGCAGAGCAUGCUGAAAAAUCUGGAGAGCCAGAAGCUAAUACAAGUCUUGAGCUUUCAGAGUUCCCUGAAGAAACAAAAGAGUCAGAAGCGAAAGUCUGUCCAGAAUUUGUUAAAGAAUCUAAAGAAUCAGAAGUUCGAGAAUUUCCAGAAAACGCAGAUUCAGAAGUUAAAGUGUGUCUGGAAUUUGUUGGAAAAUCUGUGGAUACAGAAGUUCGGGAAUUUGCAAAAGAAUCAGCGAAUUCUAGGACAGAAGUGUCAGAAAGCGAAGAAAUCCGAAGAUUGUUAGCAGAUAAUAACAGUGAAGAAUCCCCAGAAAUCGUUGGAGAAACCGAAGAAUUUUCUACUGCCAAAAACGAAUCGGUGGUUUGCGAUGUUUCAAAUGGCUCCAAAAAUAUAUCUAAUCCUACACUGGAAGAUCCGCCGAAGUCUCCACGCAAAGCUACAUAUUCCACGUCAUUUGAUGAAGAACUUCCUACAAAACUGUCGGUUGUCGAAUCCCAACCAGAACUUGAAGCUGUGUGCGACAAAGAAUUGACCUUAGAACGUGAAAAAUAUUCCGCUGACCUUGCUUCUCCUCACUCAUGUCCGCAGACUACACAGGAAAUCCUUACAAAAUCAUCUAUCCCCCUGUACAGCCGUGAAGCUAGCCCAGAAAUGAACUUUUGGAACACUAAGGGAAAGUGUCGUUCCUUUAAAAGGAAAGGAUGUGAUAUCGCUGAAGGCACAAUCGAAACUAGAGUAUCUGUGGUUGCGGAAGAAUCCCAUAAAUCGGAUAUUAGAGGAAAUACCUCUGAAGAAUCUGAGGUGGAAAACAAAUGCAACAUUGAAUGUCAAGAUGACGUAGCUGCUGAAUCUGCUGAGGUUGAGAGUAUCCAGUUACCAAGUGCUACAGAAGACUUGCCAAAAGUUGCGGAGGAAAUUUUGUCACUCAAAGAUCAAAACGAGAAUAUUGGAUCUUCAUCACUGUUUAUAUACCCAUUUGGUGAAAUGUUUACCAUUACCGAUCCAGAAUUGCUGAAAGAUAUUCCCCUGCCACCAGAAAGAUCUGAUGAAAAGGUUGCUGAUAUUGAGAGUAGGGAGUUAACAUGUUCGACAGCGGAAUCACUAAGCGUUACAGUAGAUACGGCAAGUGAAGAUCGUAACGAGAUAACGAAGACAUUUACUCCAAAUAUAUUGCCGAAAACACCAUCGUCCGAUGUAUCCGUAAGGAAGGAAAAUAUUGCAAUUGAAGUCGAAGAUCAAAAUAAGACCAUUUGGGAUUCAUCUCCCAAUGAAUCUCCUGAUACACCACCUGCAAAUGUAUGUAGCCGUGAUAAUGCCGAACACUUCAAUGUUUCCGAAGAUCCGGUAGCUGGAGGUGCUAGAAAAAUUGUCAGGGCUUCAUCCUCCAAUGAUUGUCCCAAAGUGGAUAUUGUUGGAGACAUUUCCAGGGUUUCAUUUCCCAAAGAAUGUUCCAAAACGACUUCAGACGAUAUAUCGAAUAGUGAGAAUCUCCCUAUUGAAACUACACCAGCUGCUUCUAACAAUGAUGUUGAGCGCUACAGGUCUGCCACAGAUGACGAAAAUAUUGUCAGAUCUUUAUCUCCUGAGCCGUGUUCCAAAACAUCAUCGGAAGAUAUAUUGAGCAGUGAGGAUGACCCUAAUGAAACUGUCACAACUGGUGAAUCUCAUGACGCUCCGCGUUCCAAUGUUUCAGUUGAAACGGCAACUGAAUGUGAAAAGAAGUUCAUUUCAAUUGGUGAGGCGCGAAAAGAGAGUGAGGAAAUCGAAAUCCGGACUUCAUCAGCAAGCGAACUCCCUAGAACACCAUCUGCAGAUAUAUUUACUACUGAGAACAUCCCUAAUGAAACAACAGCAGCUGAUAAAGGCAAACCAGCUGAGAAUUCCCAGGUUGCUGAAGACGAAGGCUCUGAAGAUGAUGCAGAAAUCUUUGAAGUUGUAUCAUCGAAAGGUUUACAUAAUCUGACAUCUGAAGAUAUAUCAUACCAUGUGGAUGCCCCUAAAAAAAAUACAUCAGCUGUAGAAGUGAACAGAGUAAAUAAUGACAAGGUUUUCCCAGAAACGAAUAAUGAAAGUGAUAAAGAAAUUCUUGAUGCUGCAUGCCCGAAGGAAUCACUUAGUUCAUCGCCUGAAGACGUGCAACAACAUGCGAACACUCUUAAAGAAAAUACAUCAGUUGAUGAAUCGGAAAGUGUAAGGUAUUUCAAUGCUUCCCCAGACCAUGGUAACACGGAUGAUGGGGAAAUUGUGCAGACAAGAUCUCCCAAGGAAUCCCUUAAUCGAACGUCGGGAGAUAUAUCACACCAUGAGAACCACCUUAAUGAAAGUGAAACAACUGAUGCAACCAAAGAAAUUAAGGAUUCCAAUGUAUCAAUAGAUUAUACAACCGAAGCCGGCAAAGAGAUGAGCAGGGUUUCAUCACCAACCGAACCCCUUAAUCCAUUAGCUGCUGAAUCACACCGUGAGAAUACCCCUGAUGAAUCUAAUGACUUUUUGGCUUUCAAAUACCAAACCAGCUUUGAUGAAGGUUCCGACUUCAAUGGCUUUGAAGAUCCUCAUGAAGAAGAAUUGCUGCGGCGAGAAGUGGAAAAUCUCAAUGAGGAUUCCACAGCCAAUGAUGGCUUCCAAUAUGGAAUCCACAACAACAAUAUCAUUGCCGAUAAAUCGCCCAGUAAAUCUUCAGAAUUCAAUGAACUGGAAGCCUUGGAAAAAGAACUAUCCCAACACAAUUUGGCCCAAAAACAUGGUGACAUCGAAACGAAUGCUGAUCCCUUGGAAAAAUUAUUAGAAGGAGAAGGAUUGGCAGAAGCAGACGAAAGUGUCGAAGACCUAGAAGAGACUGAACCUCAACGGGUAAGCAUAACGCAGAAUGUUAGCAUAUCAACAAAUGAUAUAGAACAUAUCAAAAAGAUGUUAGAAAGUGAUGAUGAACCAGCCAAUGAUGAAGACCAAGAUGUCACCCCGCAGAAAAAUGCCUCCCCUGUAGAAAAUAAGAAAACCAAUAGCUCAACUAAUUUAUGUGUAAUACCAAAGUUAAGUGACCUUUGUAGGGCUGCCUUAAAUAGUUCCUUGAAUAUAGAAAAUCUUAGAAUUGUACAAAAAGAAAACACCGAAGCCGUAGUAGAAGUAGUAGUCCAAGGGGAAGCGGAAACGCCAGCCUUGACAAACAAUGAACCAUCUCCCCAAUUAAUUGUGGAACGUGAGCUAAGUGUUGAGGAAACCUUGGCGGAAAUGUAUCGCCAAGCUGGUGUUAUGUUAUCCGAUCCUGAGGACAAUGAAAGUGAUAAGGCCUCAGUGGCGCCCAAUCAAGAUUUGCUUCUAAUCAAUUUACAAGAAAUCUUAAAUAGUAGUGAUAACGAUGUCUAUGUUUUGCAAUGCGAUUUAACUGCCAACAGCAACAACGAGAAUCCAGCCAAUGAAAACCCUACUACCACCUCCUGUACUGAAAAUAAUUCCGCCCCUGAGUCUCGAGAAAUUGUAUUACCCACAGAAAGAUUUAAUACCCUCCAGUUGAUAGGCAUUGUCAAUCGUGAUAAUGAAAGUUCUGAAAUUCAUAUUAUCAGUUCGGAUUCUGAAAGUGAGGUCAUCAUAUUAAGUGAUUGUGAUACCGAUGUUGAAUUUCAACCUCCUCCACCGAAAUGUUUUUCACCUAGACCACCUCAUCGUGACUAUAUACCCUUCAUCACGGAUUAUGAAGAUCAAUCGAGCGAUAGUAUGUCCGAUCUAUCGACCAUACAUCAUGAAGAAAUUGUACCUGAUAAUUUGAAGAAGUUUUUACAAGAAGAAUUUUUCAAAUAUCUCCAUGAAAAAUAUGCUCAAAAGAAAAUCUCUAAAUUCUAUCAUGCCAAUCGAGUGUUGCGCAAGUAUAAAAAGACUAGAUUAUUGAAUAAAAAGUAG